CUCGAAUUAUUUGUUUUUCCUUUCCGUUUUUUCCUGGAGGGUUUGGCCGGCAAAAUUUCGCCGGGAAACUGGUUUUCGCCAGAAAAUACAGCUUCUCGCUCUCUAUAAUCAUAAAAGCUUGCAGAAACUAUCAGUAUCCUUUAUUUUUCACUAAUUUGAUGGUGUCCAUGUUCUAUUCAUCAUGGAAAGGUCCCCGUGCAUGAAAACUUAGUCCUGCAACUUCAGAAAAGCGAUCAAACGAGUUUUUCGCCUGAAAAUUUGUAGUGUUUUGGAUAUAGGUAGCAUAAGGGCUUCAAAUUCCUAUUACGGCAACGUUUGUGGAUUGGAUAUUAGGGUUUAUGUCAUCAGUUUUACAAGUCUGGGUUUAUCUGCUAGGCUUUGUUCAGGGAUUUGGCGAUUAGGGUUCAGGGCUUAGUUCACACUAGAGGUAUCUUAUCAGAGUUAAGGUACGUCUUAGUUCGAUAAGGAUUUUGCGUUUGUCAAUAGGCCUAAUUUUGUGCUGUUAUUUAUUGGUGAAUACGUCGGGUGAAUUAGGGUUUAUUUGAUUAUAGCGGUCUCUGCUCAAAUGGAAGUACGAGUAUUUCGGGUGAAUUUUACUGGUGAUGGAGCUGCAAGGUUGAGAGAGAAAGUGAAGGAUAAAUUGAAGGAAUUCAUGGGUUCUUAUACGGAUGAUACUCUCGUGGAGUAUGUCAUUGUCUUACUUAGGAAUGGGAGGCAGAAAGAAGAGGCAAAGAAAGAACUGAAUGUAUUCCUUGGGGAUGACAGUGAGUCUUUCGUAUCUUGGCUCUGGGAUCAUCUUUCUUCGAACUUGCAUCUAUAUGUGCCCCCUCCAGAACCUUCUUCUUCUGUGGAGGAAACUGUGGAGCCGGAAUCUUUGUUAGAUGAUGGUUUGAGAGGAAUAGAUCAGCCAAUGGAUCAAACGAGUGGUGACCCCCACUCAUAUAUGGAAAUAGAAGAACCUAUUAUGGAAGCUAGAAGCAGGCGCAGGAGACAGUGGAAAAGUUCAACACUGGAUACAACUGAACCUUCUCUCCAAACCAAUGAUAUUGAAAAGCCAAUAAAACAAAACGAUGAACAUCAAAGCAUUUAUACAAAGGAGAGAACAGGCCGCCGAUCACGUUCCUUCAAGAGGCCUCGCUCACCCAAAACUAGGGUUCGCAGAGAUGAGAAUUUGGAUGAUGAAUGGAAGCCUAAAAAGGCUGAUAGUGCAUCUCGUCCGAGUGUUGAUGCUCCUCGCCGUCUUCUUCAGUAUGCUGUGAGAGAAGCUGUUGGGCCUUUAACCUCUACUUCAAAAUCUGAACCAGCUUCAAAACGUUUGCGUUCGGUGGUUGCUACAUCUUCAGGCAAUACAUUACAUGAUGCCCCUCCCCAAAGGACAAAAUCAGUAACCAGAGUGCCACUUUUGAUGGCUUCUGCAGUGAAAGCAGCUGCAGAAGCUGCUGAAGAUGUUAGUAAAUCUCGAUCAGGUAAAAAUGUUUUUGAUAGGUUGGGUGGUGCCAAGGAUGGGAUUGAUUGUACCGAACAAUUAACUGUAUUUAAAGCUCCGACACCAGAAGAACUGGGGCAUGGGGCUGAAGGGGUUAACUUCCAAGAAAACCAUUAUGGUAGAGACUUUAAUGGGGAAGUGUCAACUUUUGAUGAGAAUAAUGUCAUGGCUUCUGAUUAUGCUUCUGAGAAUGAUGGUUUUGAUGAAGUUGGGGCCUCCGAGAGAAGGUUUUUAGAUGCUUCUCAAAGUUCUGGGAACAAGGAUAAUGAUUCAUUGUUGGUUCAGUAUAGCAUUGCUCAGAACAAAGAUGAGGGAAGGAAAACGAAGUUGAAGGAUCAAGCUGUGAAUGGAAUGGCAAAUGCUUCACAAAAGAUUGUGAAUAUCUCGGUGAAUGUGAACACAUGGAAGCCUUCCCAUUUCCAGUCAGUUAGGAAUGUCGGAGGACCCGAGAAACGAAAUUCUACACUUGAGGCAGACACGGGUGUGACAGAAAAUGCUGCCCAGACCUGUGAAGAGGUCAAGGCUGUCAUGGCAGGAAAUGGAAAUCAGGAUAUGUCCCUUGGAGAUACUCGGAAAGAGACUCAAAAGGUUGUUCAAUCUGUACCUGGUGCAUAUUCAGCUGUUCGUUCUUUUGAAGAUGCAGAUUCUAGGACUGUGUUUGUCAGUAAUGUUCACUUUGGAGCGACCAAGGAUACCCUAUCUCGACAUUUUAAUAAAUGUGGAGAAGUGCUGAAAGUAAUCAUUUUAAGUGAUGCUGCUACUGGCCAACCAAAAGGGUCAGCUUAUGUGGAGUUUGCACGCAAAGAAGCUGCAGAGCUCGCACUCUCUUUGAAUGGAACCUCAUUCAUGUCUCGCAUUCUCAAGGUGGUCCGAAGAAGCUCAGGCCAACACGAAGCUUUGCCUUCCAUUUGGCCACGAAUACACCGUCCCUUCUCUACUUCCAGAUUUACUGGGCGGGCCCCGUUUACUCGUCCCUUGGCCCCUACAAGAUGGUCCCCGCUAAAGACUGGGCCCCGUAGUCUGCAAUGGAAGCGCGAUGGCCCUGUGGGUCCACAGAACCAGGCACCUCUUGCCUCACCCUUGACUCCAGGCCCACGCUCUCUCACUUAUGUUAGAAGCGAUGCUCCUACUCAGACCUAGCCAUGCGAGAUCUUCUGCUCUUUUAAAGGAAUUUAUGUAUUUUUUUAAGAAUUUUCAGCGGUUAUAAUUAAUUUAUUUUCCUCGUUUUGUGAUGUCUAUUUUGGUUGUACUGGAUCAGCUUUGGUGAGAUUACUAGUGACUUUGAGUUGGGGUUGGGCGUGCA